UAGAACCUGACCUCUUACGUUACUAAAUCUUUGGUCCAUUUCCGAACGAGAGAUAUAGAGAGCAAAAACAGAAAGCGAAGCUAAGAGAGAUGGCCCGUACUAAGCAAACUGCUCGCAAGUCUACUGGAGGCAAGGCUCCCAGGAAGCAGCUCGCUACCAAGGCUGCCCGUAAGUCUGCCCCCACCACUGGUGGAGUCAAGAAGCCCCAUCGCUACCGUCCUGGUACUGUAGCCCUUCGUGAAAUCCGUAAGUAUCAGAAGAGUACUGAGCUCCUGAUCAGGAAGUUGCCAUUCCAGAGGCUCGUCCGUGAAAUUGCACAGGACUUUAAGACUGAUUUGCGUUUCCAGAGUCACGCAGUACUGGCUCUUCAGGAGGCUGCCGAGGCUUACCUCGUGGGUCUCUUCGAGGAUACCAACCUCUGUGCCAUUCAUGCCAAGCGGGUUACCAUCAUGCCCAAGGAUAUCCAGCUGGCUAGGCGGAUCAGGGGUGAGCGUGCUUAAGAUAUGUGCCCCGAAUGAUGGGGGCAUGAUUUGUGGCUGCGCACGAUGGAGCGAAUUCAAUAUGCCGCGGUGGUUGUAGGAGAGAGAUGUGUAUGUGUUUGUUAUUGCCAUUAAAUUCUGUUAGGGUAGCUGCUAUAGUUUUUUAGGUCUAAUAUUGAGAUGUCGAUAUAUAUUAUAUGGUUAACAGGCAAAGACCUUAUACAAUGAUGAUGAUGCCUUGGCCUGGUGGUGUGCCAAUGGGUUUUUUUUGUUUUCAAGGAACCGUGGAUGUCGAAGGGGGAAAUUGGGGGUGUUUAGCUAUUCUGUUUUAUUUUUGUUGUUUUUUGGGAUGCGUGCAGCCACGUAAAUGUUUGAACAGCUUCUAUUUCAUCUAAUCUAGUUUUUAGUUAUCUUCUA